AUGGAUCCAGCCAAUGGUCCUGAACCAUGUGUUGUAUGCGGUGACAAUGCAACUGGAUUUCAUUAUCGUGCUAUGACAUGUGAAGGAUGUAAAGGAUUUUUUCGACGUUCAGUGCAGAAGAAAUUAGUUUACACUUGUAAAUACAAUGGACGUUGUUCUGUGUCUGAUAAACAAAAUCGAAACAGUUGUCAAAAGUGUCGUUUUGAUCGAUGUAUCAAAGGUGGUAUGGCAAAAGAUUUGGUUUUGGAUGAAGAAAAACGUUUAGCUAAACGUCGUCUAAUUGAAGCAAAUCGUGCACGUAAACGUGCCGAGUCCGACAAUGCAUUACAACAAAAUCAGCUCAAUUCUGGUCCAAGUCCACCGAAACAAGCAAGUUAUCAUCUACCUCCAACAACACCAUGCUCAUUGCCCACAGUCGCUUCACCACUUCAUUCUUCACCGUUAAUAUCAUCACAACAACAAAAUGUACUUCCAGCCCAGAUGAGACAUUCACAAUCACAACAAAUGAAAUCACCAAUGAUCACAACUAAUCAACCACAUUCUGUAUUACAUAAUUAUUCAUCUAUUACACCUCAAACAGGUGUAAUGAAUUUCACUAAUUUAUCACCUACUGAUGUCAAUUCCACUCAGUUACAACAUAUAAGUACAAAUCUUAGUCCAACAACACCAUCUUCUACUACUAAUCCUGAUCAACACAAUUCAGUACCAUCAAUUCAACCAACAUUAUAUGAUCCAAAUUGUGCUAUGCUUCCAUUAUUGCAAACUUCACCGACAAGAAAUAAUCUUAUCUAUUCUGAUGGAAAUUCACCAAUUAACCAACAUAAUCAUUUCACAAAUACUAGCCAUCUUCAUCAACAUCAUCAUCCUCAACAACCGCUUGAUCUACAACAAUUAUGGCGUCGUUUACAUGCUAAAUUCCUUUCAAAAUCGAAGAAAUCUAACAAUGUUAACAAUAAAGACAAUUAA